AUGUUCAUUUACGUUAGAUGUGAGGAAAAAAAUGUUAAAACUGAAUGUAAACCAACUGAUGAUAUUAAGGAACUUAGAAAUAAAAUAGCAGAAAGAUUAGGAAUAAAAUAUUCACCAGAGAAGCAAAGACUAUUUUUUGGUGGAAAACAGCUCGAAAACGGUCAUACACUCUUUCAUUAUGGAAUCAAAAACACUAACACCGUGUUACUUUUUCAGCAAGAUCCGAUUAAACAAAAAGUAACUAAACUUGAUAACAAUAUUUCUGUUAAAAUACCUAUCGUAGCAAUAGUAGAAGAAACAAUACCACCAGUACCAUUAUCAAAUCAGAACAAUGAUUGUGGAUGUAAUGUUUGUGGAGGAAAAGGCGAAGAAGAAUCUACUGUUGUUUGUGAUGAAUGUCAAUACUAUUUUCAUUUUAGGUGCUUAAAACCUCGAAUGACAUCACUUCCUAAAGAUGAUUGGUUUUGUGACGUGUGUAAAAAUGAUAACAGUAAAGUAAUUUUGGCAGGACAGAAAUUGGAUUUAACUAAUUCCAAAAAAUCAAAAAUGCAUUCUGCUACUCAGACAAAAAAAUGGGGAGGUGGUAUGGCUUGUGUUGGUUUAACCAAAAAAUGUGAAAUUGUUGGUCCUGAUCAUUUUGGACCAAUACCUGGAAUUCCUGUUGGCUCAUCUUGGAAGUAUCGUAUAAAUUGUUCUGAAUCUGGAGUACAUCGUCCACCGGUUUCGGGUAUAGCAGGAAAAGCACGUGUAGGUGCUGUUUCAAUUGUUCUCGGAGGUGGGUAUCCUGAAGAUAAAGAUAAUGGUGAAGAGUUCACAUAUACUGGCAGUGGUGGGAGAGAUUUGAAAACUGGUAAUAAACGAACUGCUGAGCAAUCAAGUGAUCAAGAACUUACAAAACAAAAUGAAGCGCUUGCAUUAACAUGUGACGCACCAAUUAAUAAAAAUGAAGGUGCUGAAGCAAAAGAUUGGACAAAAAGUAAACCAAUUAGAGUUUGUCGUACAGAUAAAUUGAAAAAACAUAAUCCACAAUAUGCACCUGAUGAAGGAGUUCGUUAUGAUGGAAUCUACAAAGUAGUCAAGUAUUGGCCUGAAAAAGGAACAUCUGGUUUUAUUGUUUGGAGAUUUUUUAUGCGACGUGACGACACUGAACCAGCUCCUUGGACUCCGGAAGGAAUGAAAAGAAUAAUAGAUUUAGGAUUAAAAAUGUAUAUGCCAGAGGAAUGCAAAGAUAAUAGAAAACAUAGUUUAACAACUGAAGAAAUUUCUGGGAAAAGUUCCUUGUCAACGUCAAAAAAUAAGAAGGCUAGGAAAGCUUCAAACUACAAGUUGCCCAGUGAUACUUUGAAAUUGAUAAAGAAAGAUAUAUUGAACAAACGUGUUUGGAACACUGUAUUGAGAUCAGAAUAUGAAACUUUAGCUGAUUUGAUUUCAAGUCUUGUUGAAAAACAUUUCAAAUGUCCAGUAUGUCAUGAGUUGUUAGAGGAUCCUGUGACUACACCAUGCACACAUAGUAUUUGUAAUGAAUGCAUAAAACAAUCUGUAAAAUAUUAUGGUAAAAAGUGUCCAGAAUGUCGAACAAAAUUCAAGGAAGAUUUAGAAUGUUCCAAGAAUCAAAAUUUGGUUGAUGCAUUAAAAAGCAUUAUACCUACUUACGGUCUCUAA